AUGGCCAAAGUAAUGAUUUCAUCGCAGGAAGAUACUAGAUUCAAAAAAUGUUCUGAAAAUGAUGAAGUAAUCCAAACGAUGGAAUCACGAAUUGAAAAUCUGAAAAGCAUAAUUAAACAGAAAAAUGAUGCACUUCAAAAAAAAGAAAUAGAAUUGCAAGGAAAACAAGAACAAAUAACGGAAUUAACACAAUUAAAUAUUUCUUUACAGAAAGAUGUCAUCAACAUACAUAAAGAUUUAUUCCCAGAUUUGAAAAAAAUCGUUAAUUGUGAUGUUAAAACAAAGAUCAAUCCAAAUAACGAAAUUGAUAAACAUAUUCCUGUGGGAAACGUUGUCAAUGGAAAA